UCUGGGCGGAGAUGUUGUAUUUCGAAUUUAUUGCAGCCCUUUAAAAUGGGCGGCAGAUUGAAAAUUCCAAAGACACAUAUCUCAAUACAAAAGGCGUGUGAAGAGCUGAAAGUUACCGAGGAUCAGUUCAAAAAGCUAAUAAUACAUCUUAACAUACGUGCAGAGAAUGUGCGGUCUAUUUAUAAGCUGUCAUGCUCCGAUGCAAACACAUAUUCACUAAAAGACGUUAACAGAAUUUACAAUUCAAGGUUGUAUGCCACGAUGCAAAAGAACAAUCAGAGAGAAAUGGAAAAGAAACUGUGGCAAGGAAGAAACAGGGAUGAUAUAGCGGAUAGAAUGCACGAUUUGGACUACGACUAUGUUAACGUUAUAAGCAACAAAUAUGCGAGUUUCUCAGAUGCCGUGGGAGAUCUGGGCGAAACGCUGACAUUUUUGUAUAUCUAUCAGUUUUUUAACAAGCAAAUGAACGAUGACGAAGGUUUAUUUGGAACAGUCAACGCAGAAUUGGCCAAAUUUGAACGUUUUAUAACCGAGAACAUGUUGAUAAAAAGCGUGUACCCCACAAAAAAAGGACUGCACCUGCUCUUACGCAUCGGUGUAAUAGAAAUUUUGUUCUUUGUGCCGCUGAGUAGCAAUUUUACAGAUCUGAGACGCAAAGACCUUCUGCCAUACAUAAAGCUGUACAUGUAUCAUUUAAUGAUGGUAAACUGCAAGAUUAGGAACGUUAAUAUCGAUGUGUUGACGAAUACGUCAAGCAAAGAUGUCAUUGGCAAAGAAAAUGGAAAUGCUGAUAAGACUGUGAACAAGGAUCGCAUGGGUGAAGACGUAAAACGAUGUACAAAGGCGAAUAAGAUCUUCCAGAAUUUGAAGAUUUGCAUCGGUGGAAUGGUUCUGGCACAUUGGUUAAAGAUGUUGUGCCUGUCGGCUGGUGGCGAAAUAACGGAUGAGUGCGAUUAUUUUGUCACUGAGGGAAAAAUAGAUCAGCUGAACGGUGCUGUGUCAUACGUUCAUCCAUCUUUCAUAGUCAAUUCUUACAAUCAGGGAUCGUUAGUGGAUAAGGAGGAAUAUCUCAUAGGAAAAGGAUCGGUAGAGUACCUUUACCCGUUCGAGUCUCAUAAUAAAAAGUACGACAAGGACUUUAUCGACACUCUUUCCAAGACCAAGCGCAAGAAUGUUAGCGAAUAUCUUGAGAACAUACGAAAAAGCACAUACUUUUCUUAGAUGCACCGGUACGGUAGGAUAGAAUAGUUGGAAGAUCGCACUGAUAGGCCAUGUUCUUCAGAAUAAACUUUUAACUUUUGCGA